CCAGAUAGGCCGUGGGCUACAAAUACCGGACACCCCAGCCCCGAGCGCCCCAGCCCCCAGCACCCCAGCCCCGCUGCCAGCAGCAUGCAGCCGGCCCUGGCCCUCCUCUGCCUCGGUGCCACGCUCCUGCCCGCUGCCUCCGGCCACCUCUGGGCCUGGAUGUACUCCCUGCCCCGGCACCCCCCGGACGAGGCCGCGCUGGGCAGGAGAGCGGGGCCUGGGGACAACCUGGAGGAGGUGACGGCGUGUGGCCCCGCCAGCCCCUGCGCCCAGGGACACUUCUGCGACGAGCACUUCGGGCUGUGCCUGCCCACGCGCCCCGCGGGGCAAUACUGCCGCCGCGACGCCCACUGCGCCCACGGCCUCCUCUGCAUGUUCGGGAAGUGCCAGCAGCCCGCGGCCGACGGGCAGGAGGGAGCCCGGUGCCAUCGGGACGAGGACUGCGGGCCGGGCGGCUGCUGCGCGCGGCGGCACGGCGAGCGGGUGUGCCAGCAGCGGCUGGCACCGGGACAGGGCUGCCACGUCCCCCCCGGGGGCCUGGCCUUCAGCAUCAACCAGGUGUGCCCCUGCCAGGCCGGCCUGGUGUGCCGGGCCUCCGCGCCCCCGCGAGAGUGAGUACGGGGAUGGGGA